CAUAUUAUUGUAUUAUUCGUAUCUCUCUGUUUUUCUUUUGGAUUAUCAUGUUCUGUGUUAUGUAGUCAAUAAAAAGGAUAUGAAAUGGUAAUAUUUUUUAUGUCUAAAUAGAUAGAUAGAUAGAUAGAUAGAAAUGCUCAUGAUUAUACAAUAUUUCAUAAGAUUCAAAAAAGAAAAAAAAAAGAAACAUUGAUUAUAUGUAGAAGAAUAAUUACUGUGAGGUAUUUCCCUUUCGAAGAGACAAAAAAAAAGUAAGAAAGAAAGAUGUUUGUUUUAAUUAUUUGUAUUGAUAACUUGCCAAUGAAGAAUGACCAAAAAAUUUUAAUUGAUUCAAAAUCGUUGAAGAUAUUUUUCGAUCAUGUGAAAAAUAUGUUUUCUUUCUAAAGGUUUUUUUUUCUUUUAUUAAUGAAAUUCACUUAAUUGAAAUAUGAUAAUAGAAAUACAAUUCCGAACAAAUUAAACUAAUAUUUCAAAUUUUAUGUUAAUUUUCUAAUGAAUGAAUGAAUAAAUGAAUGAAUAGAGAAUAUCAAAAAGAAGAGAAAUGUUUUUUUUUGAUAAUUUUAUAAUGUUUUUCAGAAAAAGAAAAAGAAAACGAAAGAGAAUAUCUUCCCUUAUUAUGAGAAUAACUUUUGAAAUUUAGUCGAAACACGAUAAUAUGGUAGAUAUUACACAAGAAAUUUGAAUAAUCUUUUUAUUUUUUCCUCCUUUAUAAUCUAUCUGUCUUUUCAUAUAUCCUUUCACUUCUCUCCCUUCUCUUUCUAUUUCAGUUCAUCCAUUACGUGCAAGUUCCAUUGAUAUUCAUCCAAAUGCUCGAUGGCAACAGAAUGGUCUCACUGUCGCUGGAGGAAAUCGAGAUGGCAAUGGAAUCAAUCAACUCUCAUACCCAUGUGGUUUAUAUGUGGAUGAUGAUCAAACAAUUUAUGUUGCUGAUCGAUCGAAUCAUCGUAUUGUUGAAUGGAAAAGGGGUGCGACGAGUGGCCAAGUGGUUGCAGGUGGAAAUGGAAAAGGAAGUGGAACUCAUCAAUUGUCUGACCCAUUAGAUGUGAUUGUCGACAAAGAGACUGAUAGUCUCAUCAUCUGCGACACUUCGAAUAAAAGAGUAGUUCGAUGGCCUCGUCAAAAUGGAACAAGUGGAGAAACAAUCAUCUCCAACAUCAAUUGUAUGAGUUUGACAAUGGACGAGAAUGGAUCUCUCUAUGUUGUUGACGAUGGAAAAGCUGAAGUGAGACGAUAUCGAAGAGGAGAAUCUCAAGGAACAGUGGCUGCAGGUGGCAAUGGACGUGGAAAUCAUCUCGAUCAACUCUAUCACCCACAAUACGUAUUCGUCGAUCGAAAUAAUUCAGUAUAUGUGUCUGAUUGGGGAAAUGAUCGUGUGAUGAAAUGGGUGGAAGGUGCAAAACAAGG